GUGCCUUGUUUUCUUGGCACUAACGCUGAUUACCAACUCACUUACGAAGUAGUCUAGUGGGAGGCAGUCUAGGGGCGCUUGACAGACAUUGUACUAUAAUAGCUUGGCGAUACCUAGACAAUGUCGCCUACAGUAAGGCAUCUCUUGUGCCAAGCCUAUAUUCGAGCAUCAAUCGCGCGAAUCCAUGUAAUUAGCCUUAAGGCUUCAUAUCGCAGCAUUAUAUUAAUCACUUUGAGAUGGACGCUCUCGAUGCGCGGGAUGAUGAGGCUUUGACGAGCGGCAGCCGCCCUAAACGAACGGAUAAUGCGUGCAGAGGGUGUCGAGAACGCAAAGUCAAAUGUAGUGGCACUCAGCCUUGCAGUACUUGUAUCCGACGACAUCAAGAAUGUGUGUUUGAGCUAGAAGAGCGAAAGGUGUUCGUAUCUAGACGAUACCUUGCCGAACUAAAGCGAAAAUCAACUUCUUCACAGGAUAACAAUGAAACAUCUAGCAAACGAAGGCGUAUUUCGCUGAACGACGGAGAUCAAGAGCCGUCGUCUCGAGUCACGAGGGAACCAACCCCAAUCGAAUCAGUUCCCAGCGCUCCUCUCGCCAAUGAGACCACUACUACGAACAAAAAAUCUAGUAAUGUCGACGAGCAUGAGAUCAGUAACACCUCCCCCAAUAUACGAAAUCUAUUGGCCAGCAGGCCGUCUGCCUUCAUUACAGAUGGAAGCGGAAAACGGCGCUUCCUCGGCCCUACAUCGACCUGGGGUUAUAGUCAGCAGGUCAUAAAUUUGAUUAAGAAGCAUCUUAAGAACUCAGAAACACCAAGAAUACCUCUUAAUCCCGAGGGCCCAGAAGAUAUACUCCAGUGGCCAUCCACUGGCGCGAUUGGCCCGUUAAGUCUGAGCAUGUUACCAACUCUGGACUUUGCCCUGCACUUAACAAGUACCGUAAAAUUCCAUCUCGGUCAGCUAUACCAUAUAUUUCAUGAAAAGUCCUUCAUCGCUGGCCUCCACAAGUUCUAUGAGAACGGUCCCUAUUCAGAGCCCUUGCCAGACGACCGGUUAUGGUACGUCCAAUUUCUCUUGAUUAUGGCGUUUGGACACGCUCUACUUUCUGGCUAUGUCGGGCGGAAGCCAGCCGGCUCGGAGCUAGUGUCACGGGCGAUCGAACUCAUGCCUGAUGCAUUCGGAUUGAAUCAAGACCCGGUGUUAGCUACGGAGGUUCUGUGUUGCUUGGCUCUGUAUCUCCAGUCUAUCGACCACCGGAACAGCGCCUUUAUUUAUAUCGGCCAAGCCAUGAAUAUGGCGCUGAGCCAAGGUUUGCACCGUGAGCUUUUCGGCGACGAGUUUACUGCAGAGGAUAAAAAUCGGCAUUAUGGAUUGUGGUGGACAAUUUACAUCUUAGACCGACGCUUCUCAACUCUCAUGGGCGCGCCGAGUUCGAUUCGGGAUGAGGACAUUACAGUUCCACUGCCCAACUUUGAGAGUGACUGUCAUUUCAUGAAGGCAAUGAGCUUGCAGGUACCACUUGCAAGGCUACACGCACAGGUUCUAAGCAGUGUUUACAGUAGUGACACGUAUCUUCGAGCUAGCUAUCUGGCAAACACAAGGCAGGUCUUGAAGGGCAUGGUUGAUAUCACCUCCAAUUUGAAGGAAACUUUUGGGAUGCAGUUUGACAACGAUGGGCCGAUUUCGAGGGCCUCCGCUUCACUUAAUCUCUACUACCACCAGUGUAUUGUUCUAUCAACUCGACCAUUGCUCCUAUGUUCACUACGACGACUCCUCACGGGCGGUUCCAUAGAUAUUACCGAACCAAUCAAGGCUUUGUUACGAGCAGCUCAGGACUCUGCGGCGAGAUCUCUGAGAAUACUGACAGCGCUUCAUUCACAACGUUUACUGGAAAACUUCCUGCCGUUUGAUCUAGAAAGCACAUUCUCUUCCGCCUUCGUACUAUCUUUAAUGGCAGCCCUUCCCGCUUGCCCGCUCGAGGACACCACGGACGUCGACGCCAGUUUCUUCCUCCUGAACCAGAUGGUCGCCAAAGGAAACGUCAUCGCAGAGUUUCGGAGACAAGACCUGGAGCACCUGAUUAACCUCUUGCACCUCGUAGGUACGGAAAUGUCACAGCGGAGCUCGCUUGCUACGAAUACGGCAGUGGCGAUACCCCCGGUUUCUAGCAGCGCGGAAUACGAUCAAGCACUUCCUAGCCAACUUGACGAUAUGGGAACGUUUAACGAUCUCUCGCCUGAGCAGAUGCUAUCUCUUGCUGGGCUACUUGAGUUGGACCCGACUUUUGACCAUGUUGAUGAGCAGUGGCUUUGGGCAUGAGGCCGAUAUUUUAAUACGCUAUAGAGCCUGUCAAGCUAGUCGUAACAAUGCAUCAACACAGAGCAAAGGAGGAAGAACAGGUGUAUUACUGGUUAAACAGAGCCGACAUAGGAGACCUGUUGUAGAACCAGUUGUAAGUGUAUUACUAGAAAAUCAUACAUACAUACAUGGUGGCGGCUUGGAACGAGGUUAUGCCACUCAAGCCCCGAGGUCUUCUGCCACCACACUGAUUAACAUCAAACCACUGGCAUGACCGAAGCAGAGAAAGCCACAUGUGGACAUGGGAUACUAUCACGGGGUACGUGUGCUGAAAGCAUUGGGGGCAGCCUUGUGACAUCAUGUUCAAGUAGCAUGUGACGGCGACACCCGUCAUUGGAUGACCUGGCAGCUGCCCGACUACGUAGCUAACUCCCAAGUCGUCAUAAAAAAAGGCACAAAUUUAAGAACAGCUCAGAGAGUUUGGCGACAUCUGCAGUGGCCAGUUGGUGUAGGCAGGUACAGAUGCAUGUACCUGAUUAUAAUCUAUUAGUGCUAUGCAGUACCCCAUACCUCUCCCCUGCUGACAGUAGUGUGCGCAAGGAGGUAUCGGUACGCACGAAUUGAUACAGUAAUGGAUGCAGUACAGUGCGCCCACCCACCU